CAAAACAAACUUCUGCAGGCUUGCCGUCUGUUUCUAGGUCAGUGUUCCAGAGAAUUCCCUGCAACUUUUACUGUGGGCAAAUCAAUCUUACACAAGUGGGAUUUCUGUGAGAAGCACCGUGGAUAUGGAGCUGACCACGCUACUGAUUGGCAUUGGGGUCAUACUGGUCAUUUUCUGGCUCUUUCGACGUCCGAGCAGGAACCUACCACCCUGCCCUAGCCGCCCCCUACCCAUCGUUGGCAACAUCUUUUCCCUUGAGGCUGACCCGAGGCCGCAGUUCAAGAAAUGGCACAAAGAACUAGGGGACAUUUUCUGCCUCCACAUGGGCGGCACCCUGUUUGUCGUGCUGAAUGGGUUCCCGCUCAACAAGGAGGUGCUGGUGAAGCGAGCAGACGAGUUCUCUGACAGGCCCUGGUUCUACUUUGACCUGGUCACCGACAGUCCAGGGAAAGGCAUCUCGUUUGGCAACGGCAAGAACUGGAAGGAACAAAGAUCCGUGACUUUAUCCAUCCUCCGGGAUUUCGGGAUGGGGAAAAAUGUCUUGGCGGAAAAAAUCCAGUCCGAGGUAGUGUUUUAUAUCGACAGCAUAAACCGUCUAGACGGCCAAGCCACUGACAUGAGACCACUCACCAACAUGAGUAUGGCGAACAUGAUCUGCGCUUUCAUCGUUGGCGAGAGGUUUGACUACGAGGACGCUACAUUCAAAGACUUGACCUUGAAGUUCCGAGACUUGGUGGAAGACCUCACGACAAACAGCCUCAUUAAUUAUUUCCCGAUCCUCGGAAAAUUGCCAGGAGAUUUGUUUGGGGCCAAGAGGAUAGCGAGCAGCAUGCGGCACUUGGUGAGAUUCUUUAAGAAAGAGUUCAUCACCAAACACAACCACGACGAGUCCAGCAACUUCGUGGCCGCCUACUUGUCCCAGCGAGACAAGAAGCUGAAGGACGGCGAGGAGACAGAAAUGGACGAGGACAAUUUGGUUAAAAUCGUCCUGGAGCUUUUCUUCAGUGGAGCUGACACCACGAGUACUUCCAUCUUGUGGUGUUAUCUCUACGCGUUAAACCACCUAGAUGUACAAGAAAAAAUAUACAAGGAAAUAGAAGAAGAAAUCGGCACCGAUCGAGAUCCAACUAUGCAAGACAGAACAAAACUUGUUUAUCUUAAUGCUUUCAUUAACGAGGUAGCUAGAUUAUCCACAAUUGCUGCGCAUUCGUUUGCGCACACAAACCCGGUAGACGCUGAGAUACGAGGCUACACGAUUCCUAAAGGAAGUUUUAUUAUUCCCAACCUGGAUUCGAUCCACUUUGAUAAGACUAUUUGGGGGAACGACGUGAUGGAGUUUAAGCCCGAGAGAUUUAUUGACGGCAGCGGGAAGCUGAAGAAUCCAGAAGAGCUGGUGCCGUUUGGCAUCGGCCGCCGCAACUGUAUCGGGGAGUCAAUGACCAAGAUGAUCCAGUUCCUGCUGCUGGCCUCAUUGUUCCAGAAGUUUAAGGUGGUGGCUCCCGACCCGGCUGCCCCUCCGCCUAUCAAAUACUACUUCACAGUCGACGCCGCCCCUGUACCGUUUCAAGUUUGUUUUGUGGACAGAAGAAAAAAUUAAGGCCUUACCACGAACUUUGUUUCCAGUAGUUUUGUGGACAGAUACCAUGAACUUUGUUUCAAGUUUUGUGGACAGAUACCGUGAAUUUUUUUUUAAGUAGUUUUGUGGACAGAUACCAUAAACUUUGUUUCAAGUUAGUUUUUUAGACAGGUACCAUGAACUUUGUUUCAAGUUUUGUGGACAGAUACCAUGAACUUUGUUUCAAGUUCGUUUUGUGGACAGAUACUAUGAACUUUGUUUCAAGUUCGUUUUGUGGACAGAUACCAUGAACUUUGUUUCAAGUUUUGUGGACAGAUACCGUGAAUUUUUUUAAGUAGUUUUGUGGACAGAUACCAUGAACUUUGUUUCAAGUUAGUUUUUUUAGACAGAUACCAUGAACUUUGUUUCAAGUAGUUUUGUAGACAGAUACCAUGAACUUUGUUUCAAGUUUUCUGGACAGAUACCGUGAAAUUUUUUUAAGUAGUUUUGUGGACAGAAACCAUGAACUUUGUUUCAAGUUUUGUGGACAGAUACCAUGAACUUUGUUUCAAGUUUUGUGGACAGAUACCAUAAACUUUGUUUCAAGUUAGUUUUUUAGACAGAUACCAUGAACUUUGUUUCAAGUUUUGUGGAAAGAUACCAUGAACUUUGUUUCAAGUUAGUUUUUUGGACAGAUGCCAUGAACUUUGUUUCAAGUUAGUUUUGUGGACAGAAAAAAAAGAUUGAAUUUGUUCAUACAGAGCUUGCAUGUAUAAUAAUAUUAUAACAAUGAUACGGCUUUCUAUAUUUAUAUAACAGUAUAAUAUCAUUGACAUUUUUUAACAAUAUAUAUAAGUAUACUCCCGAUCCCCCCACCCCCACCUCUACUCUUAAUGCUAAGGGUUUCAACACACUGACCAGUCUAACACACUGACCAGUCUAACACACUGACCAGUCUAACGCACUGACCAAACGAACACACUGACCAGUCUAACACACUGACCAGUCAAACACACUGACCAGUCGAACACACUGACCAGUUUAACACACUGACCAACCUAACACACUAUCCAUUUUAACACUCUGAACAAUGGUGUCAUUUUGUUAAUUUCAUUAUACUAUUUAUAGUAAACAUUUUGUGUACAUAUAGCUCCAAACAUCUUUUCCUCUCUAAUGCUACCUGUUUAAAUAUACAGAAAUGAAGAAUAUUUCAACAGUGGGACUUCAGGUGCAACAAAUGAGACUAGGCUAUUGUGGGCUACACGAACACAUAAACUAUCCCUUAUUCGAUUUCAACCUGUUUCUUUUAGGCAUCUAUCUGGGGUGUGAACCGCCCCCCCCCCUGAAAGGAAAUAAAAAGAAUGUUCAUAAUUUAUGUUUAUAAUGUAUCCCUCCCCCUCCUGGAAGUUUCACCAGCCCCCCCCCCCCACCCACCCCCAAAAAAAAGAAACCCCUGCUUCCAAAAAAAAAAAAAAACCCUGCUUGUAAGGGACUACUUUUUCCUAUAAUUUUUUUUCGCUAGUCUUGUAGAUUGCUGUAACAUACCAUGCGCCAUUCGUAGAUCUAAUAAACAAAAAUUGUAA